UCUUGCUCUUGUUUCCUUCUAUUUUUUCUCGUCUUCUUUUUUUCUUUUGCCUUCCUUUCCUUGAAAAAUGAUUGAAAAACCUUCGAUAGAGACACACCAAACUACUACUUCUAGUAGCGAGUUUCAUUACGAGUCUCAGAAAGUAGAAGAAUUUGAAAAAAAUAGUGCCGCAUCUUACCACUCUCAUAAUAUCGAUGAUGUUGAAGAAAACAAUAUUCAAUCCGGUACUCAUCGUGGUUUGGAUGCUAGACACAUUCAAAUGAUUUCCUUGGGUGGUGCUAUCGGUACAGGUCUCUUUUUGAACUCUGGUAGUAAUGUCGCCGAUGCUGGACCUGCUGGUGCUCUCAUUGCUUAUUGUAUUGUUGGCUUCAUGGUCUAUUGUAUCAUGACUUGUCUUGGUGAAAUGGCCACUUUUAUGCCUGUUUCUGGUUCUUUCAAUCACUAUGCUACACGAUUUAUUGAACCCUCACUUGGUUUUGCCUUAGGUUGGAACUAUUGGUUCUCUUGGGCUGUAACCAUCGCCACAGAACUCGCUGCUGCUGCUACUAUUAUUAAAUACUGGCGUGAGGUUAUGCCUGAUGCUGCCUGGUCUACUAUCUUUUUGGUUUUGAUUGUCUUGAUCAAUUACUUGAGUGUCAGAAUCUAUGGUGAAUUAGAAUAUUGGUUUGCACUCAUCAAGAUUCUUAUUGUCAUUGUCUUCCUUAUUAUUGCUAUUCUUGUCACAGCUGGCGCUGUUGGUGCUGGCACCAUUGGCUUUGAAUACUGGAAGAACCCUGGUGCUUUCAACAAUGGAGCAUUGGGCACCAUUAGUGUUCUCUUGUCCGCUGGUUUCUCUUUCCAGGGUACCGAAGUUGUUGGUAUCACUGCUGGUGAAGCCAAGAACCCUACCAAGACUGUGCCUCGCGCUAUCCGUAACACUUUCUGGCGUAUCAUUUUCUUCUACAUCCUUACCAUUUUCUUCAUUGGUAUGUGCGUUCCUUAUGACAACGUCGAUUUGCUCAACGAAGGUGGUGGACCUGGUACUGCUUCUUUCACUUUGGUCUUCAAGUUGGCUGGUAUUGAGGCUGGCGCUGAUGUCAUUAACGCAAUUGUUCUUACUAGUGUCUUGUCUGCCUGUAACUCUUCUUUGUACACUACUUCCCGUACUCUUUUGGGUCUUGCUCGCGAUGGCAAUGCUCCUGCUUUCCUUGGUAAAGUCAAUCGAUUUGGUGCUCCUUUCUGGGCUGUCACUGUCUCAUCUACCGUCGGUUUCGCCUGUGUCUUUGUUUCUAUCUAUAGUGCUGAACAAGCCUUUACUUGGUUCUUGAGUAUUACUGCUGUCAGUGGUUUUAUCAGUUGGGCUGGUAUUGCUGGCGUCCACAUUCGUUUCCGUCGUGCUUAUGUCCGUCAAGGUAGAAGUAUUUCUGAUCUUCCUUACAAGGCUAUGGGUUAUCCUUACAGUGGUCUUUUUGCCUGUAUUCUCUGUAUCUUGAUUAUUCUCGGUCAAGGAUACGGUGCCUUCUAUCCUCAAUGGGAUACCGUCACUUUCUUUACUUCUUACAUUGGUAUCGUACCAUUCUUUGUGUGCUACAUUGUUCACAAGGUUAUUACAAAAGGAAAAGUUAUUCCUUUAGAAGAAGUUGAUUUCGAAACAGGUCGUGUUACUCGGUUUGAUAUUGAGAAGGAUAACGAAGUUGAAGAACAAGUUCCUCGUUGGAGGCUUAUGCUUGCUUGGAUCGUCUAAGCUAAACCAUUGUUCUUUUGAUAAAAAUUACUUAACUGAUCGACUUAAUACCCAAAGAAUUGUAACACCUCUUUUUUCUCUAUUUUUCUAUAUUUUUAAUACGAUAUGAUUUUACAAUAAAUACUUAAUAUGAGUCGGAUAUCCGCGCAUCAGCACAUGAUGUUGUAUUAUGCUAGGGGACCAAAAUUACACAAUGUUUGUUCAAAAAAGAAAUAGAGUACAUGCUACAAAGAUUUCACAAGAUAAGUAUGACAAACCAAUACUAUCAUUCCUA